AUGACAAUAUCUACUUUCGAUCACGUGUCCGCAGGCAGGCGACUUAGACGGAUUGCGCGUCAUCUCGCCUUCCCCAAAUUUUCUCCGGUGCCGCCGCUCGCGUCCAAAACAUCUUUAUCGACGGCGCGAAAGAUGUUCAACUCUGUGAACCUGGGCAACUUCUGCUCCCAGACGCGCAAGGACCGGACGUCGGAAUUCGGGGACAGGACGGGCUGCGCGUCCAACCUCUACCUCCCCAGCUGCACUUACUACGUGCCCGAGUUCUCCGCCGUGUCGUCCUUCCUCCCGCAGGCCCCGUCCCGCCAGAUCAGCUACCCGUACUCCACCAACCUCUCGCAAGUGCAGCCGGUUCGCGAGGUGUCCUACGGCUUGGACGCGGCCGGCAAAUGGCACCACCGGAGCAACUACGCGUCGUGCUACUCGGCGGGAGACGAGCUGGUGCAUAGGGACUGCCUUCCGCCUUCCACCAUGACGGAAAUGCUCAUGAAGAACGAGAGCGCGUACAACCACCACCACGCACAUCACCACCACCACCACCACCACCACCCGGGCUCCAAUCACCCCGCAGCGGGCUUCUACUCCGGCGUGGCCAAGAACAACGUCCUCCCGCAGGGCUUCGACCGCUUCUUCGAGACGGCGUACUGCAGCGGCGCAGACAAUCAGACGGACACUUGUUUACAGAAGCCGAGGGGGGGAAGCAGCCUGGCGGAGGCGGAGGCGGAGGCGGCGGCGGCGGCGGCGGCGGCGGCGGCGGCGGCGGCGGCGACCCCCACCACCACCAACACCAACACCAACACAACCACCACCAGCAGCAGCAGCAGCAGCAGCAGCAGCAGCAGCAAUCCGCUUCGGCAGCCUCCGAGCACUCCGCGCACAAGGAAGAAGAGGUGUCCCUACUCCAAGUUCCAAAUCCGAGAACUAGAGCGAGAGUUUUUCUUCAACGUUUACAUCAACAAGGAAAAACGUCUGCAGCUUUCCCGCAUGCUAAACCUCACCGACCGCCAGGUUAAAAUUUGGUUUCAGAAUAGACGAAUGAAGGAGAAGAAGCUGAGCAGGGAUCGCCUGCAGUAUUUCUCCGGAAAUCCCUUGUUGUGAGCGGGUGGGCGGGGGGCAUCGCCACAGUCUUGGACAGUGGCCCCGAGGCCAAGAUCGCAGCCGCUCACGUCAAACAAUUGUAAACGUGGGCUUCAAAAGCAUCCUCUUUGGGGGAGUAUACGCUGUGUGUAUGUGGACUCUUGUUUUUUUUUUUUUGUUGUUUUUUUUUGUAGGCCUGCACGAGGAUCAACAAAACAAACAAACAAAAAAAAAUGUCAUUUUCUUAUUGCGCACGGGUGGGGGUGAGGGGUGUGUAUUUCUAGCUGGCUCUCAGAGUAAAAAAAAACAAAAAACAAAAUACCUAUAAUAUGAAAAAAAAAAUCAACCAUGCUGUUUUCUCGUUUAUUCCAAAACUCCACGUCGAUUGUUAUUACAAUUUUUUGGGGGGAGCGAAAUGUUUUCAGUCGUUCUCGCGUGGGCAACUCUGGUCCAUGUAUAUAGCAUAUCCUUAGAAUUAUUUGCCGACCAGAGUUGAUACGAGCGUAAUAUUUCCAGGCUGCGACGCCAAAUGUGACGUCCAAUCUGUGAAAAACAAUUCAAUGCACUUGUAGAAAAGCUGGGAAG